UCUGUAGACUUGACGUACCGGUUUUUAUCAAUUACGGAUACAUAUCAGAUAAAGUAAUUUCUUGAUCAAUUAAAAUUUCCUUCAAUUCUUUGUCGUGAGACUGAUAAAACCGUUUCGAAAGCAGAUUUAAUAAAAUUUGCCGAUAAUUACAAAAAGACUGAUUAAUAAUGAUACGUAAUAAAUUUACUGACGUUUUGUUUUACACAUUCAUAUUAUUAUUUGGUACUAAAUACAUCUUGGCAUCUAGUCUUCUAUUGUUAGAUGAACCAUUUUGUGCUGAUGACUUGAAGUUAAGAUGUACAAAUACUGGUGCUAGAAAAAUAUCGGAACUUGAUGUUUUGGAAUGCAUUCAGCUCUAUGAGGAUUCCGAAUUUUCUAGUAGUUGCUCAGAAGUAAUAUGGCUUCAUUUGAAAAACUUUAUGAUAAAAGAUAAUUUAAAAAGUAUUUUAAGGCCAAAAUGCGAAUUUGAUGUCGAAAAAUUAAACUGUGAACGAGAGAAAAACUGGUUUGGAUGUAUAGUUGAUAAAAAGCAAAAUAUUGUUGGAAAUGAAGAUUGCCUUCAUAUUAUAUUAAGAAUUGAAAAUAUUGCGUUUUCUGAUUAUCGACUUAUAACUAAUUUUUCAAGUGUUUGUGAGGAAGACUUAAAAAAAUUUCAUUGUUUUAAUGCUCCCACCAAUGUGUUAUACCGUGGUCGGGUAUUAGAAUGUCUUCAAUCUAACAUAGAUAAACUGUCAUCACAGCAAUGUCUCCCAAUGAUUUAUAAACUCUCAGAAUGGCAAGCAGAUAAUAUAAAAUUUGAUUAUUCCUUACACAUGGCUUGUUUAAAAGAUAAAGAAAAAUUAUGUGCUGAUUUGCCUGCUGGAAGUGGGCUUAUUUAUAAUUGCCUUUCAAGACACAUUGGUAGUGGCAAAAUGUCACAAGCUUGUCAAAAUCAACUUUGGCGAAGAGAAAAAUUAGUAACUGGUAAUAUAAAAGUUAGUAAAGGAUUAACCAGAGCUUGCAGAGAAGAUAUUCGUAAAUAUCAUUGUCGAAGAUUAGUUUCUGAUGACAAAGAUGUUCGUUUAGCACAACUUUUAUUAUGCUUAGAAAAUGCAAUUCAUAAUGGAAGUGAAGUUUCAUCUGACUGUCAAUUUGAACUAAUGGAACAUCGUAAAUUGUUAUUGCAAAAUUAUCAGUUGUCACCUGAAGUAGUUUCAAUGUGUUCUAAUGAUAUAGAAAAUUAUUGUCAAAAAAAUGAAAUAGGACGACAAACUAUUCAUUGUUUAAUGGAACACUCUAAUCCAUCUCGUCAAAAAAAUCGUAUUGGAAAAUCCUGUCAUAAAGCUCUACAAAAACUUAUGCGUAUAACAAAUAUUGGUGAAGAUUGGAGAGUUGAUCCUGUUCUUCAAGAGAAAUGUCAAUCCGAAGUUGAUAAAUAUUGUGGAGAUAAACCUCCUGGUUACAAUAGAGUUAUGUCUUGUUUACUAGAAAAAAUGUAUGUUGGAUUGGUGCAAGAUGAUUGUAAAAAUACACUAAUGCAAGUUCAAUACUUUGUUAACCGUGAUUUUAUUUUGGAUCCUGCUUUGUAUCAAGCAUGUUUUUCUGAUGCAUCAAGAAUUUGUAAAUUUAAUGCUGAUUGGUUGAAAAAGCAGAAAGAAACAACAUACAUCUUACCAUGUCUUAUUCAAUACUAUCGCCCAUUUACAUUAUCAGCUACAGGGUUAAAAUACAAGUUAAAACCUAAAUGUAAAGAACAGUUACGUAAAGUUAUGAUACAACGAGCUAUUAGUGUUGAUUUAAAUCCAGAAAUUGCAGAAUCUUGCAUAAAAGAUCUUCCAAAUUUUUGUCAUACAAAAACAGGGCCCGGUGAAGAAAUAGUUUGUCUUCAAGAUAACCUAAACAAUAAACAAAUGACUGAAGAAUGUAAAGAAUCUGUUAGUCGUUGGACAGAAAGCCAAGCUGAAGAUAUACAAUUAAAUCCUUUUGUGAGGUUACAUUGCAAGUCUUUUAUACAAAAAUUUUGUAUGAGUGAACUUUCAUCAAAAGAUGAUGUUACAAAAAGUGAUGUUAUGGACUGUUUAAUUAAAAAUAAAAAUGAUCCUGAAUUUAAAAGUGAAGUCAAAUGUCGAGCCACUAUUGAACAUUUCCAAUUAAUUACUAUGAAUGAUUAUCGAUUCACCUUAUCUUUUAAAGAAGCAUGUCGAUCAAAUGUCAUAAGAUAUUGUCCAAAAGCACGUACAAAACCAGAAGUAGUUGCAUGCCUAAGUGAAGUGGUGAGAAAUGAUUCUGUGACUGAUUCUAAACAUAAAAUUACAAAACCGUGCCGUCAACAACUUAAAGCUCAAUUAUUACAACAAAGAGAAUACAUUGAAUUGGAUCCUGCUUUAAAAUCAGCAUGUCAAAAUGAUAUCACAAAAUAUUGCUCUGGGAUGGAAUCUGGUUCAGCUCAAGUAUUAGUCUGCCUAGAAAUGAAUAAGAGUUUACUUUCUGAGCAAUGUCAUCGUGUAAUAUUUUUAAUUCAAAGACAAGAUUUAACAGAUAGCUCUUCUGAUUACAUGCUUUUAACAAAAUGUCACAAAAUGUUGCAGUUUUAUUGUAAAGGAGAAAAUACAUCAAAUGCAUUAAGUUGUUUAAAGAAAUUCAAACAUGAUAUAGCAUUUGAAAAGUCAUGUCAAGCACUUGUGGUACAACGAAUGAUUGAACAAAGUGAUGACUAUCGAUUAGAUCCUGCACUUCAUCAUAACUGCCAAACAGAUAUUACCUCAUACUGCAGUCAUAUUUUAAUCAAACAAAGACCAGAAUCAGAGUACAAUGGAAAAGUUAUACAUUGCUUAAAAGAAAAAUUUCGACAGAGGAAAUUGAAACCAGAAUGUGAAAAACAAGUUUCAAUUAUUCUAAGAGAAUCAGCUUUGAAUUAUAAACUAAAUCCUUUAUUGAAGAGUUUAUGUACAAAUGAGAUUAAACAACUUUGUCAUAAAGAAGAAACAAAUGAAAUCAAUGGUAGUAUAGAGAAUUCUGGUCAAGUUGAAGAAUGUUUAAAACAAGCCUUAAGUCAUGGUUUACUAGAAAACCGGGCCUGCCGCUUAGAAGUAGCUGGAUUAAUAGAAGAAUCUAGAGCUGAUAUAAAUGUAGAUCCUUUAUUACAACGAGCAUGCCUUGUAGAUAUAACUAAAUAUUGUGAAAAUAUUCCUCAGGGAGCAGGAAGACAUUUACAAUGUCUUCAAGCAGUAGUACAGUCAAAAACUAAAAAACUACACAUCAAGUGUCAAGAAAUGCUUCAACAGCGUAUAGAAAUGUUUAAAAAUGCUGAUGCAUUAAUAUAUCCUGAAAGCUUACAACAAUUAUAUGGUCAAGUAUCAAAAUCCCCAUCGAGAAAAUACCUGGUCAUUGUUAUGUGUACAUUUAUGGGGAUGGUAUUUAUAGUUGGUUUAUUUUGUGGUCGUGUUAGUAGUCACCGAAAUGCUAUGUCCAAGAAAAAAUAAUUGAAUAUUAUUUAAUAUUGGACACACAACAUCUUAUAGAAAUUGAUAGUAUAAUAUGGAGUUUAUGUUAACUUUUUUUUUUAACUAUUAAUUUAUUGAGAUUACCUAAAAUGACUACUUUGUGUAAUGUAUUGUUGUUAACUAUUUGUUUAGAAAUAACAUUUUAAAAAUUAAGUUUAUUAUAAAUUAUGAUUCUUUACUUCUAGCUACUUAUAAAUAAUCUAAUCAUAUUUUAUAAGAAAUUUAACUUAAGCUUUUUAUAUUUAGCAAUAAGUAAUUUUAUUUUAUUACAUUAUUUGAUCUCGAUAAAUCUAUUUAUUUCUAAACACAAAAUAAUUUGAUUGAACAAUUUAAAGCCUUUAGUC